UACUCGUCAAACUUCAAAAUUUCCACACAAAAUACAUAUUUACUCUCAAUCCGAGUCAAGCUUUAUAUAGGAAUAUUUUUUAGUGAGUGACACAAACACGUGUAGUUUACAAAAAGAAUUUUUACUUUCGUAAUUUUAUGUAAUGCAAAACGUAUACCAGACUAAGCAUGACAAAGCUGCGUCCCGUCGCAGAAUCCUUGCUUGGAUAAACAGCCUUCUUGGCACCAGUUUCACGUGUUUAGAGGACCUGCGAACCGGCGUGGAAUAUUGUCAAAUGCUUCACAAGCUGCAGCCGUCGGCUAUUAGGUUGAAUAAGGUCUUCAAGAAACCAAGGACCCAUUAUGAAUUUGUGCAUAAUAUGAGACUGCUGCAAAAGAGUCUCUUCAAACAGGGCGUUGAGAAGCAAAUCCCCAUUCAGCGACUGGUCUCUGGUGGUAAUAGCGAGAAUUUGGAGUUUGCCCGGUGGUUCAAGGCAUUCUAUGAUCUUAACUAUCAACUGUUAAGGGGCGAAAACACAAAAGAUGCUCAGGAUAGUGAGAUAAAUGUAAUGAAGACAAGUGUAGAACCCCAAUCAAUACCUGAAUGUUUCGGGGAUACCGAAAAAAGCAGGAAUGGAUCAGGAUGUAUGAAUUAUUUACAUUCCAUAAAUCCUAGAUUAGUUUCAUCUGCAAGCAGUCCACAUUCAAAGGAACCAGUAAAAAAUUUUGAAAACUACCAGAGGUGUGAAUGUGGAAGAUAUAAGCAUUCAACAACACCCAGUAGUAACUCGGUAUUCAAAUCUAAUGAUCAUCAAAGAGAAUCUUCCUUAUUGCGGUUUCGUCGAAGGGAAUUGUUGGGCUCGAUAAACUCUACGGCAAACCUACGGUGGUCACAUCUAAAAAAUCGCCACUAUUUUCGAAUGGCACACUCGUUCUAUGACAUGCUAGAGACCGUCAAUAGAAGGACUGCACAUAUAAAUUCAACAUUAAAUACAAUUUCGAGAAACCUAAUUAGAGAAAAUCCAGAAGUUUGCAGCAAGGUUUUUCAUAAGAAGUACAGAAACUUAUAUUCGCGAUUAAUCAAAAAUCCAACUAACUUGAAAUCUAAAAGAAAGAAAAAUACGCAAGAAAAUUCCCAACCAACAAGCCUGACAUUGUCCUUGCCACGCAAGGACUACCUUCAGAUGUUGAGGACCCCAGUAGAUCGUGGACUAGUAAAAUCGACGUAGCAGAUGGGAAACCAGGCAACGAACCAGAUCUACCUUUGGAUGAUGAUGUGCUCAUGUCUUCUAAUCAGGAAACCUUAAG